GAUGGUGUGGAGAGGAGACUUUCAAGUCCCUGGAAGAACACCUAGUUUGCCUGAAAGCCCCUUAAUCUAGCAAGUUGGACAUACCUAUUAUUUUGUCAUUCAAUAAUUCAACUGGCAAUUACAUAGUGUGGAUAUACUGCUGCUGUGUUUAUGUGUGUGUGAGAGUGUUAGGGAGGGAGGGAUACGUAGAAGACACUGUUUUCUAAGAACUCAUGGUCUAGUAGAAAACAAGAAUAACAGAGGUAAAGAUAAAGGGCUGUGAAAAGGGAUGAUUAAUUCUGCCUCAGGAAGCCUGGGAAGACUUCACAUAAAUAGUAACAUUUGUUUGUUUUUGAGACAGGGUCUCACUCUGCCUUUCUCACUGCAGCCUCCACCUUCCAGGUUCAAGUGAUCCUCCCACUUCAGUCUCAGGAGUAGCUGGAACAACAGGAACCACCAUGCCAGGCUAAUUUUCUGACUUUUUGUAGAGGCAAGGUCUCACUGUGUUGCCCAGGCUGAUGGCCAACUCCUUGAGGAAAGCAAUCCUCCUGACUUGGCCUCUCAAAUUGCUGGAUUACAGGCGUGAGCCACCACGCCUGCCAGAAGUUAAGUGAGUUCCAAGAAUAAUAUUGCGUGGAUGCAGGAGCACAUACUGGAUGUAGAGAUCUUGGCCAUAAUAUCAAGGGCUAUCAGUGGUAUGGACAUCAUACAUCCUCAUAAAGCAUGUAAAGGUGUUAGCUUUAAAAUCAUUCCUAGGUUGUAUGGAAUUUUUGACAUAAAUUCUAAGAAUUCCAGAAGCUCCUAAGCUACAUGAGAAAUCAAAAUGAACCUUUUGGAAAAGUCACUAUUACCAAAAGGUGGGUAUGUCUAAUGAUAUCUUAAGAUCAAAAUAAACGACAAUUACCCUCACUUGAAGCCAGAAAAGAUUAAACAGACUUCCCUUCAGUCAAUCAUCUUAGUUGUUUCUAACCCGGAAUACAUGGUUUGAGCACCAUACCCACUUUAUCCUUUGCUAAUAUUCUGGCAGGUGGAGACAAAUGUGGAGUCACUACCACUUUAAGGUAAACAUUCUUGGUAUUACCUUUAUGUGACUUGAUUAUUACAGGAGUUUGGUAAGAUUAUAUUUUUAGGACGUUUUCAGAAUUUGACCUGUAUUCUUUUUAAUUAUUCUGUAAUGUAAAUUCUACUAACUUGAUUAAUAAAACUUAUUUAUAAUCUUCCUUUGAGAUUUUUGGAUAGUGUCCAAUUAAUACAAAUUCGUUUAACUACAGUGGGAAAUACUUAAACUUUUUUUUUUUUUUUUGAGACGGAGUCUCGCUCUGUCGCCCAGGCUGGAGUGCAAGUGGCAUGAUCUCGACUCCCUGCAAUCUCCACCUCCCGGGUUCAAGCGAUUCUCCUGCCUCAGCCUCCUGAGUACCUGUGAUUACAAGUACCGGCCACCACGCCCGGCUAAUUUUUGUAUUUUUAGUAGACACGGGGGUUUCACCAUGUUGGUCAGGCUUGUCUCGAACUCCUGACCUCGUGAUCCGCCCGCUUCGGCCUCCCAAAGUGCUGGGAUUACAGGCGUGAGCCACCGCGCCCGGCCCAAAUACUUAAACUCUUAAGGUUUUUGCUGGAUUCUGCAAACUCGUCUUUGUUUCCCCCGUGCCCGAACACUUUAAUUAAACAGGCAAAUAAUUAUUUGUUGACUACAGAAGUACCUAGAAGCUUCAUUUUCUUCUAAGGAUACUGCCGGAAGCAGCAAAUCCCAAAGCCCGAAUAAUCCAGUCUCCAGCAGAGGCAUCGGGAGUUUUUAACAGGUGUAUAAAAAGUAAUUUUAUACACCUUAAUGAAACGCCUAACGGUGUUACAAAAAAAGAAAAAAAACCACACACACACAACAAAAAACCCAAACCCGAACUCAUAAACCUCGUAAAGAUGACUCACAACAUUUAUAUGUUCUAUGUACAAGGGCUAAAGAACAUUAAGCGAACCCUUGAUUUAACACACUUUCCAAUUAUUAGUAACGUAAAGGAAUCAUGGUACGUUUUAGGAUCUUUAAACAACAAAAGCAAAGCAAAAACAAUGUUUUCCUUAAGAUAUGCAAGUUACCUGCUUCUUCGACCAAAAAAAAAAAAAAUUUUCAGGAGAAAAGCAGGCAAACAAAAAUCUUACUUGGAAAGCCAAAUCUUAAAAAGCCCUAUCGGCCCAGCGGCGAUAGACGAAAACCUCAAUGUCACCCGGUCCCGGGCGGCGACGGCAGGGAGAGUAGCUGCGGCAAUCAGCGCGCGCGCGGUCCGCUGCGGCGCCUGGCGCUCCGCGGAAGUCCGGGUGAACAGAGCCAGGGGAACAGGGUUGACAUCUCAGGGCUAAUUCCCUUCUUCGGUGCGUACAUCCAGGCUUAAGCCGCCGCACAGUGUGAGCCUCCCCUCCCCCACCCGAACGCCGCAGCUGCACGGGGCACCACAGGCUUCGCAGAGGUGCAGCCACACCCCGGCCUGACGCUGCUGCUCCCGCCGCUACUGGAGUGGUGGGGAGGGGC